AUGGGUGUUGGAAUAUUGGAUGUAAGCACAAUGCCUGAGGGCUACUACUAUUAUGGUGCUUCUGCUGGACGAGAAUGGUUCAUUGAUCCGCGCAAUAAAUUUCAUGACCUCAGUGUAACUGCUGAACAAUUGCGGUUUCUUGAUAAGGCAUAUUUCACAAGUUUUGGUGUACGACACCAUACAGGAACUUCUAAACACCCAGGAAUACAAAUAUUUCAAAUGCAUCGGAUCAGGCCUACAGAAACAUUAUGACUAAAGAAAGUUAACGAAAUUGUGAACGAGAUAGAUGGAAUGCGACGAGAACUGAUAGUAAAUGAAGGAAAUACCGAUAUUAAAAUAUUCCUGAAGAAUUCAGAUGGAAUAAUUUUCAAUAAAGGUCACGGUAUUGCAUUAAUGGUUAAACAUAUUCGUUGUAAAUUAUCCGAUGGUAAUAUUUUGGUAUGCGGUGACAGCGAAUCUGAUUUACCGAUGGUAGAAGUAUGCUUAGGACGUAAUCCAUGUAAUGUUUAUACGAUUUGGGUUACAGAACGACAAGAUUUAAAGGAAAAAGUAACGUCGUUGUGCAAUCGAUAUGGGAACAGAAAUAUCGCGUUCGUAUCAUGUCCUGAAGUGUUGCUUGGCGCGAUGGCUCAAGCAACAAUACGUGAAUUUAACAUUACUAGGCCACGAAAUAAGCUACUGCGCAAAAGCAUGUAA